AUGCACUGUAUUUACCAGAUUCAGGUUGCAUGGUCGAAACAAGUCCGACUCACCUUCGACAAUUUUGACAUAGAAGUUGUACAGAAUGAUGAGUGCUCAUAUGAUAACGUCGCAGUGUAUGAGUCUUACGUUAGUCCAACGGAACAUGGAAAAUUGUUAGGAAGAUUCUGUGGCACCAUGCUUCCGCCUACGCUUCUUUCAAGCACGUACAAGAUGGCCGUAGUGUUCAGCUCAGAUCGUUCAAUUGCUGGAAAUGGAUUUUCGGCUAGAUUUGAAGGAGUUGAUCCGUCAACCGACUGUGAUCGUACUUACACAGAACCUGUGGGUCAAAUUAUCUUUGAUGGUACCCGAGGGCGAUAUUCGCAAUGUGACUUUCACAUUUCUGUUAUUUCGACUGCCCGUCUUGUGCUAAAAAUGAAUAAUAUGAGCAUUCCUUGCUUCAAAUCGCAGCUCAUUCUAAGAAACGGUGCUACUGACCAGUCGCCUGGGUUCGCAUCCCUCAACACCGAAUCAUCGGUAUGCGAUGAGUAUCCGAUGCCAACCCUGCGAUCGCAUGGUAGUCGAGUGUUCCUUCGACUGCAAACCACAGAUUCAUCGUACACCUUCUUCAACAUAAGCUAUGAACAGAUAAUUUCUUCCUGCGGAGGACAUGUUGAAGGAGUGUCUGGAUCCAUUGCCGCUCCUCAAUAUCCGCUGAAAGAUUCGCGAAGUUUGGAUUGCGCAUGGACAAUUGCAGUAGCUCUUGGAAAUCGUGUUCGUUUCUCGCUUGUUAACAUAGACGAUUUGAAAUCUAGCGACGAUAAUGGGUUCUGCGGAAUGUUUGCAGCGAAUCGACUUGAUGUCCUUGAUGGCCCUCAUAGUGACGCUCGACUAAUGAGACGCUAUUGUCGCAAGGUGGUUGGAGCUGAGCCACUGACGUCAGAUGAUCAUGAGAUUGCUGUUCGAUAUAAACAACAUGGUGGCGCUAUGCUUGGUCCUUUAUACGGAUUUAUGGCGCAUUUCUCAACGGGUCAGUAG